UUAAAUGUUUAUUUCCCCACCAAUUGAAAGUUUGAGAUCUUAAUGUCCAUGAAUCCUAAGUUAGAGAUUUAAAACCCCAUAGCGCUGGGUUUAAUUGGUUUACUAUAUACCAAACCGAUGCUUUAACCACGUUAACCUAAUUAGAACCAGCCUUAACCCAAUUUACAACCCGUUUAUGACCCAUUACCCAAAAAAACAAAUCGAAACCUAAAACUAAAACCUAAAUCGAAAAUCCCCAAUUUGCUCUUGACGAACCCUCUUGAAUCCCCAAAUCACUUUUCCCCGAGUUUGAUCGAUGUCGUUAGCCCUUCACGACCCUGAUCUUGUUGGUGAUGUCGAUCCCGAAGCUGAAGACAGAGAUGAGUUUCACAUGGAAGAACUGCUAAAGGAGUGGACCGACGAACCACCAAUUCGCCACGAUGUGUACCCGGAGAGUGAUGAUGAGGAAAACGCCGACGGUUCUGGAAGAUUUGACACACAUAUCAGGUGUGGUGAUGGGUUUUUGUACCACAAGCAGAGUUUUUUCAGUGGGGUUGCGUUCAAAGAGGCGGUAGUUGAUUACGCUCUCAGAACCGGCUGCAAUAUAAAGCAGUACAAGUAUGAUUCCGAUAAAAUUGGGUUCAUAUGUGUUGGUUGUGAUGGGAAAAAAGGUGGAGCUAAGUGUGAGUGGAAAGUUUAUGCGGCCAUUCUCAAGAGUGAUAAUAUGUGGAAGAUUAGGAAGUUUGUUGACACACAUAGUUGUAUCCCUAAUGGAGAAUGUGAGAUGUUUAAGGUGCCACAUAUAGCUAGGUUAUUUGUUGAUAAGAUUAGGGAUAGUCCUGAAUUUUACAUGCCCGCAAAGAUUGAAGAAAUAAUUAUGGAACAAUGGAAGAUUAGUGUCACUAGGAAUCAAUGUCAAUCUGCGAGAAAGAAGGCUUUGCAAUGGAUUGAGAAAGAGUAUGAUGAUCAAUUUGCAAGAUUAAGGGAUUAUGCGGCUGAGAUAGUUGAAUCAAACAAGGAUUCACGGGUUGAAGUUGAAUGUCUCACGAGUGCUGAAGGUAAAGACAUGUUCCCCGCACCAGCAUCUUGUUGGCACUCCGACCACUCUUCCUCUUCCACGUGGUCCCGCAUUGGGAUCAAUCCUAGUUGUAAAAAAAAUCUCAAAAGUCUCAAAUUCCCCAGCGUUGAUAUAACAUAG